AUGCCCGAGAAUGCUACUGAGGACGUUGGAGCGACAGGAGGCUCUGCAGCAUUUGCGCGUGCGCUGGAUGAAUAUAUCAACAAACCCCGAUCAACGAAGAGCAAAACACGACAAUUCUUCCAAAAAUUGCAGGAGCAACAACGCUCUGGGGUACCAAUAGCUGGUGCGAUCAAGAACGAUAUCAUCCAGUUGGAGCGCCAAGCGGACGACCGCACGGCAGCUCGUGCAGCUCGCAAAAUCUUGGGACCUGUAGUGCAAGUUCUGAGUGCUUAUUCAGGGAUCGUCGAUGUACUCGUCUCGGCAGACCCAAUGCCCACGGCUAUUAUAUGGGGCUGCUUGAGGUCUGCGAUUGAGGGCUCUAAGCGGUUCCUCGAGCUUUACGAUAAGAUAUCCGAUCAAAUCAAAAAAUUGAACACUCACCUCGUCGUGCUUUCCGAAUAUGAAGAACUAUUCGACCACUCAUCCACGAUGCGGGAGUUGUUGCAAACAUCGUACAUCGAUAUCAUUCGCUUUUGGCGACGGGUCGACAAGGAGUGUAAUCGCUGCGUGGCUAAUCGUGCCCUUCGAGCGAUGGCUAAGUUUAGCAUCGAGAAAAUUGAUGGGAUUGUCACAAGCAUUGCAAAUACUGCGGACAGCAUGGGCCGACUUGUACCUGUCGUUCAGGAGCGCGUGGACAGAGGGGAGCGUGAGAAUGCAGCCGAAGAGCGCCGACUUGCCGGUAUCGCCCGAGAGGAACAGAAAUUACUCCUCCAGAUGUAUGCGGAAGAGAUGGAAAAGCGUAAAGAAGAAAGAAAAAUGCAGAGGCAGGAAGAGGUGCGAAAGUGGCUGCGGGAUGGGACCUUGCCGCUCAACGGGAGCAAUUUCCGCCAUCGCGACAAUAAACUCGAGCGACGAAGCCCAGAUACUUGUGAUUGGUUAUUUGAGCAUCCCAUCAUGAAGGAAUGGAUGGAUAGCAGUAGCCCAACUUCCCAGCUAUGGGUGAAGGCUGCUCCAGGUGCUGGAAAGUCCGUAUUGACUGCAUACGCCGUUGAAAAGAUGAAUGAGAUCAGCUCUAACGGAUCGGCCGUCAUCUACCAAUACUUCACUUUUGAUGAAGAGUUUCCAUCUUUAUUGGUAUAUCGGUGUCUUGCUGAGCAACUUGUAAAUCAGCUGGGAAAACAGACCGGUGACAUCCCCAAGGACAUCCACAAAUUCACACAGGAAGGCGCGACAACUGCGAACGUGGAAGACAUCAAGCAAUUUAUCAAAUUGCUUGUAGACGAAAUGACCGUAACCUAUGUCUUUUUGGACGGCCUUGACGAGGAGUGUGAAAAGGAUGGUAGGAAGAAGGAGAUUUUCAAAGUUCUGGAAUUCUUGGGGGAAUUGAGCCGUACAACACCAAACCGCCUGCGCUGUUGGUACAGCUCGCAACAUCGCACCUGCCUUGACCCUCAUCUCAAAGGCCUUCCAUCAAUUCAUAUCACUAAGGACCUUAACAGCUGUGACAUCGAGAGGUAUCUGUCACAGAGGAUCACAGAUUUGGACAGCUUCGAACUUGAUGCAGGGUAUACAAACUUGGUUCUUAGAGAUCUACGCGAGAAAGCUGAUGGAUGCUUUCUGUGGGCUUCAUUGAUGUUAGAGUCAAUGUCAGAUGCUGUAACGCUAGGGAUGAUUCAACAGGUCAUUAAGGAUGGGCUCCCUGAAAGUUAUGAGAGGUACUACCAGCGAAAGAUGGAAAGCAUCCAGCCUGCUCUGAGGGAAUUUGUUUCAAUCCUUCUUGCCUGUAUCGUACACGCGAAACGGCCUCUACGGUUGGACGAGCUUUGUGAAUGUACAGCCAUGGUGAAAGGUUAUGAAGGACAUGAUAUUGAUAGGAGCCAGAAGAUUGUCAAGAAAAGCAAAAUUCUGGAGCUUUGUCAACCUCUUGUUCAAGUCCAUGAGACUGAGGGCCCAGAAGGAAAAAUUGCGAUUUGCACUCUCACGCAUGGUUCUGUCAAAAGCUUUCUCCUCAAAAACUCUGAAAUUCUGAUAGGCAACUCCAACCCGCCAGCAUAUUCUCUCACGAACGAUGUAAUGGCAAAUAUUUGCCAAAAGUAUCUCUUGCAGCCACGUUAUCAGCGCUUGCUUGCCAGGAAGGGCGAGACAUUUGUCGACUGUGUUGAAGAUGACAUUAUGAACCACCAUCUUCUUUCUUACGCUGCCAAAUAUUGGGAUAAGCAUUUGGACGACGUCGGUUACUCAUCGGAAUUUGGCGAAAAGGCCUCCAGGCUCAUUACUAGCCCCCAGUUUUUUACUUUAUUGCAAAUACAAAGUCUAUUCAUUGACGGCCAGUUUCGCUUUUGGUAUGAUGGCUCACGCCCCUGGGCUGGGAGACAUAUUAAACGUGUUUUCCCUUACUGGCUGGAAAGUAAUUGCGACGAGGCAUUCGCAAGAGACUACGGGGCUUUUGUCGGAGAAUGGGGACCUUUGCUGGACGGCGAGACUAGCUUCAUGGGCGCCUACCAAGGUGAAAUUGACAGAUGUUUCUUUGGCGCAUUGGGAUCCCACAACUACCUCAACAAGGGUCCUAGCCGAUACAAGAGUUUGAUGUUCUCCGCAGAUGAUGAUAGCCAUAUUGAAACACCCAUUCGGUGCUUCGAAGGUGUUGAUGAGACAGGAAAAUUGCUGACAGUGCUGAAACUGGUGAAAUUAGAACGUGAAAGACUGGAGUUUUGCUGCGAGCAUUGGUGUCUGAAUGGUCGUCAGUCUAAGCUUCAAACAGUUGAAACCCUGUACGCGUCCUCCUCAAUGUGGCCUCUCUAUGAAUACCCCUUGGCUAAGGAGGUUCCUGGUCGACCUCGCCUGGUUUCAUUUACCAAGGACUUGCAAUUCAUGCGCAUUGGAUCCCAGGUGUUCAUCAAAGGAGGUGAUCAUAAAUAUACGCAACUUUCUAUCCUUAAUCCGGAAGAAGAUUACUUUGAUGAGAUGGCCAGCGAUGGUAAUUUUAUUGCCGUGGGAACAAGACGACCUCUCUCCAUGGGUGACGUCAAAGUCCCAGAGCAAAUGGUUGGCGAAGAGGGGAUAAUUGAUUAUGCCGAAAUCGUGAUUCAGGAAUUGGAAGAAACCGUGGAAGAAUUGGACCAACGCACAAAAACAGGUUCAAAUUCGACCCCGAAUACUACGCAGCCAACGAGUAUAUUUACGAAAGAUCAUGAAAAUGACAGCGAUAGCGGCAUGGGCACUAGUGAUACCAGUGUCCUGUCUGCAUUAGUAUCGACGCUGGAAGAGCCUGAAAAUUUGAACCAAACAACACAGAGAGAAAAAGCCUUGGAGCUCGCAACAGCGCAGUCAGGUUGUACAGAUGACCUGUUAGAAGAAUCUUCCGAAUAUGCCCACAACUCGGCCUAUACUUCCUGGACUGAAGGAUCCACUGAUAUCAUGUCCGAUGAGACGGAAGAUGAAGAGCAAUGGAAUGAUUGGGAUCAUGAGAAGUUGGCUCUGGAAGAGCUCGACAUUGAGGACAGAGGAAGCUUUAUCGGGAGCGACGGCAACGCAUCACUGCUCGAUGCUGGUGUGGAAAGUGUUCUUUCAGACUCAGAUGAUGAAAGCGACGGAUUGAAUGAUAGAGAUGAUCUGAUGCCAGCAGUUAGCGAUGCGGAUAAUGCUGACGUCGAAAGUAUGGAUUCUGCGACGACAUAUAGUUUGUCUGACAACGAAGACGACUCGGAAAAUGAAGACGGCGUUCAAUUCGAAAAUUUGAUGAUCGGCAACAAAACUAUCAAGGCUGAGGGGACUCGCCGCACAAGCAUUCGGGUGUAUGACGCUACCAGAAAGGAACAGAUCCCCGUCUUCCAUUUCACCUGCUUUAUCAAGAGUAGUCUGUUUGACUCGCCUCCGGUCUUCCAUCCAUCCAAACCCCUUUUGGUUUGGCCCCUUGGUGAUGGGGAGGUUCUGUUUGCCAACUAUCAGUACAACACCUACUUCACACGCGACCUAUGUCGAACUGGAUAUCGCAGCUGUCACAUCUUUGUCAAGGCAUAUUUCUCGCGUGACGGUCAUCACGUCCACUUUGCAGCAUUGGAGGCUCGCGAGAAUGUCAAAAAGAAUAAGAAUGAUGAGUCGCCGUCUAUGCUGCUCAGCCUCCAGGUAUCGACUCACAGACUGUCAGUGCGAAAGACAACCAACAGUCCACCUCUACUAAUCUUCCGAACAACCCUUGAGCUCGGCAGCACCUCUAAAUUAUCUGUUUCAAAGCUACCCUACUUCCUCACUUGGACUGACAAGCACCUUUUCUUCACGACCAGUAAUGACAGACUCGAUCUCAUCCGAAUCCCUCUUUUCCGCCCGACAGCAAACACUAGCUCGCCUAGCACAGCGAGCCUUGAUGUAUGCUACCUGAAGAAUCCAAUAUUCCUGCCACGGUCGGUGGAAUCACGGGACAUGUACUUCUUCCCAGCCCAGAAAAGCCCACAAACGACGUCGAGCAAGAAAACUGCAAACAAGUCCGCUAUGUUGAUACUUGGAUCACACUGCUGUCUUCCGAGCCAGGGUGUGAUAGUGCCCAGACACAUCUGUCAUCUUCCAAUUGCCGUUUUGCUGCGCGAAGAAGACGACCUAGUCUGGACGUGUAAGCCGAGUACCGAUGAGACGCAAUAUACCAACCCUGCGAGUGGGAGGCUGAAAGGGAAAUUUGAGUCUUUUGACCACGAAGAAGACUGUGAUAUUGUGCCGUACCUAUUCUGA